CAAUCUCGAUGUAGCGAAAAGCUUGGAAUGGAAAAAUAAAAUAAAUUGUACAAAGUUUGAGACAACGUCGUUCCUGUAAACAUUUAAAAAUGAAAUGUUAUGGAGUGAAAAUGCCGAAGCCUUUGUCUUGCAAUAAGAAUUGAAAUCUAGUAAAAAAUGAUUAUGAUAUUUGAGACGUCAGUUUAGAUUAUCUGAGGAAUCUGGCGCUUUAGACUAAGAUGGCUUCGUUAAAUACAUCACUGAAGUGCAAGGAAUGUAAGAUGAUAUUCUCCAACCCGAAUCAGUUGUCCAUUCAUAAACAAAAAUUCUGUGGAGGCCUGGCUGGAUCAAGUCAGGGUUCAAAUUCAUCACCUGAAAAUACCUGGAACUCUAAAGUUAAAGAUUUGGAGAAGCUUAAACAAGUCAGACAACAAAACCGCUCCCAGAGGGAUCGUGAAGAGAGACAACUUCUCACAAACUUUAGAGAAACUCCUCCACCCCAGAAGUCACCAAAACAACCUAGUCAGGUGUUGUCAGUGAGACAUUCACCAGAUACAAGACCGCAAUCCCAGCAUGAGCUUACAAAGGAGAAUACAAACAGCAGACAAGAGCAGGAUAACCAAGCACAAAUGAUUCACAAUAGAAAACUUGCAGAUAUACAGAACAUUGGGAAAUCUUUGGAGCAAAGGAGAGAAGACAUACGUAGAAGGUUGGAUGACCUUGCAAAUGGGACUCCCCCACAACAAGACCGCUCUGUGAGGAAUGGUGUUAAAGGUUUAAUACAAGAACUUAGGGAGCAGGAACUACGCAAUCAAGAGUCCAUUGAGGACUUAAAGAGACAGGUGUCUGGUUUAAACAAAGCAAGGAAUGAUUACAGACACAGCAAUAAGAAUGCUUUAGCAGCAGAAAUCAGUGCAAUGAGAUCAGCCUACCUGAGGGAUGGUGGUAGCGACCCUGCUGUUUUGGCACAGAUGGCUGAGUUAGAAUAUGAGGCCACUAAACUAUUGGAGGAUCAACCUCAAAGACAACCAGCUUAUGUCCAGCACCAAAUUGCAGAUGAUAUCAGUGCACAGAUCCUUGCCCUAGAACUUGAGAAUAAACGUCUACAGAAACACCUCAUAUCAAUGCAGACACAAAAUAGGAACAGAGACUUUACCGAGGACUUCCAAAGGCAACACAUGAGGAAACUGAUUCAGCUACAGCAGGAGAUGGAGCAAGUGAAGCAGCAGAUGAGCCUAGCUAACGUUCAGAGGAACAUAGAGCAACUGAAGCAAACACCUCCAAAUAAAUUGGAAUCAAGUCAAAACCAGCCAACUGAAAGUCAAGCAGAAAUCCCUGCUUUGCUCAGCAAGACUUCAAACAACAUGUAUGACAAUGAUCUCCUUCCUGCCCCUUAUGAUCCACAAGCUGGCUUUGUGGUUUUCUAUGACUAUGUUUUACAUCUGGAACCCAGUCUUCACACAUCGCGACUUAUCAUUGGUCUAUUUGAUGAAACAGCAGAGAUGGGAGAGCCAUCUAUACUCCCAAGUGUGUACUGUGAGAUGAACCAGGAUAGUUUAUACCAGGAUGCAACUAGCAUGGCCCUUAUAGCAGCCAAACAGCCUGUACCUAGUUGUAGUCCUUCUCAGACCCUCAGCAUGGUUAUAGAACUACAGGCCUCUAACUCAGAGUCCAAUAGAUUGACUACACGGGCUUGGACCAAGAUGGAUCUAUUUGAUGAAUACAAUAGAGUGAUCUCUGGAAGAUGGAAGCUUCCAUUGAGGGCAAAUCCAAUUAAACCUACGCUUCCAACUAGUCAACUUAAUACUUUGGCACAGUAUGGCCAGGCUGAGAUUUACUUGCGUUUAGUCAACUAUAGGGAUGCUGACCAUCAGUCCCAGUCAACAGCCUCCCCAGAGCAUAGUCACAUGUACCAGUUCCCUCCCCAGCGUCAAAUUCCCGUGUACAUUCCCCCGCCUCCCUCCAUCUCUCCUCCCGAGUCCCCUGAAAUAAGUCGUCAUUCAAGCUCCCAUGCAUCUAUCAAUAGAGUGAGCCCAGAAGCUCUAGAAGUUGGAGAGAAUAAUGUGCUAGGAUUUCAAGUAGAUAGAGUGAAGAAUGCAGAGGCAGGGGAGGGCAAAGUUAGACUCACUGCCUACUAUUCCACAUCAGGGAAAAUCGUGCAAUCUGGGUCCACACCAGUAACAUGUACUACAUUGGGAGUUCGUUCCAACUUCAGGUACAAAUACCAUGUGUUUGGUCAACAAGAGGCCAUCUUUCACGACGUCAAUUUCAGAUCAGACAUGGUGCUCAUUGUUCGGUUCUAUCUGCGCCAUGUAGGACGUAACAUUUCAGAUGAGUUCCAUUCUGACAAGCCUGAAGAUGGGAACAUCUAUGAAGAAGAAACAUUAGUUGCAUGGGGAGCCAUUAGUAUCAUGGCACGCAAGAUAAAAAGGCAAAGUGAAUUUUCUGGGCCACAUGACUCUGGUUUACAAGGGCAAGAUGUUGGUAAUCUGAGGGUGAAUACAGGGGUACAUACUAUACAACUCUAUACGCCCCCUAUCCCCGAGCCACAUACAAUACCGCUUGAGUAUCAGCAUAGACCUAAAGAUUGGGAAAGGUAUGGUAAGGCCAAUGUGAGAAUUUAUAUGUUUACUGGAACACCAAGGCCAGGUUCUUUAUCACAGAGUGAUGCCUCAGAUGAUGAAGAUGAGAAUACAAUACCACAGAAUGCAUGGUUACCACAUGAAAGGCUGGCACCUGCCAAGGGACAAUGGCAGAGUAAUGACGGCUUUGAUCUAUAUAUAGAUGGCUGCAGAUUUCUACCAGAUUCUGUCACAAUAUCCAGAAUAGCUGGACGUGUGUUGAAUAGAAAGUAUGAGAAACUUGGCCCAGAUAUAUUGACAGGGGUUAACAUCGACAGUGACAUCUAUAACCCCAUUUACAACCAUCGUACAGAGUUCAGACUGCCUCACAUUGCAGCGACUGCAACAUUGCUAGUGAAAGUUUACACUAUAGAUAGGGUAUUUAAGAGACUGGUGGUGUGUGGCCAUGGUACCCUCAACAUAUUUGUGGGUGUUGGAACGGACAGACAGCCAACUAUGGACCAUGCAAGUAAUAUUACACUGAACGAAGGGUGCCACCAGUUGAGGCUCUAUCGUGAGGGGCCCAAUGGGAUAGAUGCAAUGACUGAGUCUUGCGUACGCGCCACCUCAAAGAGGGUGCCAUGUGCAACAGUACUAGUGAGACUUUACAAGGCAGCCAGGGGGCCUCAGGGCACGGUGCUAGAGGCAAAUAAGGUGCCGAUGAAAGACUGGGGGAAGUUUGGUUUAAAGCGUCCAAUGCCGUCUUAUGAAGACAGGAAAUACUUCUCCAUGAGGUGUAAACCAACCUCAGGGGAAAUCAAGCUCUUCAAUAUGAUGUGUAAACGUAAACCUAUCCUAACUAGAGAAGCUGCCAAAAGGAUUGCGAGUGAAGAUGAGGGCAAAUUGUUCAUUAGUGAUAAGGUCAUUCAGGAAUUCAUCCGGAAACAAUUAACAAAGGGGAUUGAUGAGGUUCCUAUGGAAAUUGACAUCACCUAUAUAGCUCAGUACUCGCCACGUCAUGGAAUAAAGUUUUCCUUGGACAGUGCCAUGAACCUACCCUGGGGCAACUUCACCCAUGGUCACUAUUGUCUCAACCCCCCUGGGGCAUUUUACAUGGGUAUGCCUCAUUCAAGUUAUGACAAGCUGUUCUUCACAAAAAAGUUAGACUUGGAUAGUUCCAACACAUCACCCUCCUGGCAAGAUGGGAUGACGCAUUUUCAUAGGAGGUCCUACCACAGGUUCCUAACAGUCAUCAUUCACCUUCAGGAGAUCUCCAUAGCUGCAACCAGGGACAACUACAAAUAUGCCCUAGUGGAACAGGCAUGGUCUGCAGUUCAAGUGUUUCAUGAGGGCUAUGCCAACACAAGCGUAUACCAGUUACCUCUGUUUUAUGGAGCCCCCACUGUCCAGAUACUGAAGCAACUUUCCAGGGAACCAUUUAGAGAAUGGAUACAGAGGAAUGCUACCAGUGGGGGUGUGAAACUUAUUGAAGGGGCCUCCAUAUUUGUGCGCUUGUGUGACGCCAGGAGAGAUGAUGAAAUGCCAGAUCAAGUUGAUGAUGACAAGCUGAUUGAGUUGAAUACAGACUACCUUCCCCCAGGCAUUGUAGAGCUGUAUUCCAGAGAGAAUAGGGGCCAACCUCUCCAUUCUCUAAUCCCCUCUGGCAAGGAUGUUGAUACAUUUGGAAGCAGUCUUGCCGAGAAAUUCAAAAAUUUGGUGUACAAGCUUUAUGAAGAAGGAAACACUUGACAUUGAGGCCUAUGGUCUCCUCGUUAAAGAAUACAGAUCGAGAUGUCUACUGUAUUGUUGGUGCUAAAUCCCUAGUGAAUAUUGAAUAUUGCAGAAGACUAGGAGGAGACAUUAUUUUGUUAUAAUAACAAAGAGAAUUAUGUGUGUGGAAGUGGAUACCUUAUUGGAGACCCAACUUCAACAUAUAAGAAAUACUUGGUGCCAUUAUUCAUAAAAAUGUGGAAAGAUGUGAGAUAUUUUCAUAUAAUAUUCUACAUUUGUUGAAAAUGUACAAACCCCAUCAAGUGACAUGAAUGACAAUUUAAGAAGUCAUAUACCUUUUUUAGUGUAUUUCAAAUAUGAUAUCACUUUGACCAAUACUUUAACAACGAAAAUCAAGAUUAUUUUUACUUGCAUCUAGUCUAUUGGAAAGAUGUUUCCAAAUUCUGCAUGUUUUUUGCAU